AGUUCUGCGAUCACAUAAAAUGGAAACACAAGACUCGAUAACAAGGCUGCAACAUCCUGACCGUAUUUGUCCUGUAGAUUUUAUGAAAUUGUGGAAUUAUGAGGUUUAUGAAGCUGUCGCUUUUAAACCAUCUGAUGAAGAUUUAAUAUUAGAAAACAUAGCGAAUGCAAUGUCGAUUCCUGAUGAAACAGUUCAAGAGCUUGCAGAAGUUUGUGGGUAGGCCUAAGACUUAGUUUUAGUAUAAUUAUAAGUAUCAUUUAAUAUUUAAAAAGUUAUACAUUGGUUAACAUUUAUGACCUCCCAAAGAUAUCAGGGUCAGUUCAUGAUUUAUUUGAAUAUGAACAAGUCCAAGUUAUUCAAAUUUAUUUACCAUUUACUUUUGUCAAAAGUUUUGAUUAUUAUCACAGUAUAAGUAGUACAGUAUAAUAGAGCAAAAUUUAAAUUUAAAAAAUGAAACAUAAAUCAAUUUUCCAUCUUUACUAGUUUCUAAACUACGAUUUUUUAAACUACAUCUUCGUUUGUCAGUCCUUUUUUUAACAUGGACCGCAUCUCCACAUUUUGAUCUGUGAUCCAAUGCCGCUGUUCGCAUCAUGAGCUAUAUUUAUAACUCACACUCACAUGUUAAUGAUAAUUUUAUAUGACUUUUAUUUCCAGAAUUAAUGCUGUAUUUAAAAAUAAUUUUAAUAAUAGAUGUAAUGCAAUUAUAAGUAAAUUGUAACCAAUCUAACCAGGGCCGGCCGUAGAUAUUUUUAGGAUGGAUGAAAAUAGGCAAUUGUCGCCCUCUGGAAAAUUAUGGAAAGAGUUCAGAAAAAAAGGCGCCUGUGUGAUGAUCACGCAUCCUACCCACCUUGAACGGGCCCUGUAUCCAACUAUGCACUAUGAUUUUAUCAGUUAAUUUAAUAUAUGUUAAUAUAUGACUUUUCUUUUAACCAAGUCUACGUUGUCCAUUUUACCAAUAUAUAAAAUAUAUAUGGCAACACAUCUACUUAUUAAUAAAAUACUGUUUAGGGAUUACUUAUUUUGAACUUUCAACUUUGGCGCAUAUGUAAUUCAGACCUGCCAACCCUUCCGAUUUUGUCGUAAUUAUACAGAUUUUUUACCCCUUUUUCCGACCUUCCGACAAACCCCUUAAGAUUCCGAUAUUUUGAACUUUAUAAUUUUUCACCCGUCAUAAAAAUCCGAAAGCGACAAAAAAAAAAUCGGGUACGACAGGAAGUGUUUCAUUUGUUUUUAUGAAGUGUCUUCAUGACCGGCGACCGGACGAAUAAGUGAAUAAGUUCUCGAGAUAUUCUUCCGGCUAGUGUUUAUUCCACCAAGUCACAUGACCACCGUAACAGAGUUGCGCAAGAUAUUUGUCCGUCAGCCUUGUCAUGUGACCGUUAAUUGUUAAGAGUUUAUGGUACUUCAUUUCAACAAAUUCAAGAUAGUUUGGGCAUUUACAUGAAAAAGAAAUAUGUUCAGUUAUAAAAAAGAAAUAUUGGAACCAUAUAUAAUGAACAAUUGUGACGAUGUUUUUUAUAAAGCGUGGCAUGCCCGCCGGACAAAUAUCUCCCGCACUAUUUGUCCAGUCGCCUGACUUGUAGACACUGCCUUGUUUUUAUAGAAGAGAACUGGGAUCUUCAAAUCAUUCUUCAAUCAUCAAUUGAUCUGAUCGCGAUUCAUCCUUUUUACAAGGCUAAAAAAUAAUUCUGAAUUGUUUAAUUUUCGUUAAAGCUUUUCUUAAUUAUAUGGUUAAAUCUAUUGAAAGUGAUGGGUGCAGUGAUAUUAAUAAACAUUGAAGGAAAUAUUUCUCUAGCCCUAGCCAACUCCGAUCGUUUUAAUUUCAAUGCCAGAGUUGAAGAAAUGUUUCAUGUUUCCAGACUUACAGAAUGCUAGAAUAUUGUAAAGAAAAAUUACAAUGAAACAAGGGCUAGCAUGAAAGUUUAUACUUUUUCUAACUUGCUUGUAACUUAAAUAAACUGCAAUGCUAACCUUCAGUUGUCCAAAGUCCAAAGAGCUGUUGGACAAGUAAAAAAAGGCCACUAUCACUAGGAAUAUGCUCGAAUACUGAACUCUUACUAAGAGUCCUAGCAGCCUGUGUGUGUGUACAUAUGUAAAUAAAAUGCAUCUUCUGUUCUUUACUGUAUAUAUCUGUAUAUAAACAUUUCCAACAAUGUUUAGCUCAUGUUCUGUGGUGUUCAAUGGACCCUUCAAACACAAUGGAGGUAACUUUAUAUUUCUUUAUGGACUAAAAAAUGUGGUAAUUUAUUUUUUUAAUUUAUUUUUUUUUACUUUGUACCGCGCUUCGAGCCUUUGGGGAUGAAGCGUGUUUUUGAAAUAAACUGUAUUAUUAUUAUUUUAAAAAAUAGUGUGCAUUAGUUUAUAGAUCUUAAACCAAUCCCCCACAGCGGCCCCACUUCCCCCCUGCGUGCAACGCCCCUACAGAUUUUUUUUCUUGGCAGGUUGGCAGGUCUGGUAAUUAAUUAAUGCUUUCCUUGACCUAUUGUUUAAUAGUUUUUGCACGCGGCAAACUCUUAUGAAUGAAUCUCUGAGAUGGUACUAUGGUAUAGCCAUAAUGCAAGUGGCUGUGAAUAGUUUCCCAUGACAAAGGUUUUUUUUUAAUAUGGACAUGUUUUUAAUUCUUAAAUUAAAAUAUUCUUGUUUAAAUUUCUUCUAGUUUCAUUCUUAAACACAAGUUAUAAUUUAUUUUGAUGUUAAUAGUGGUAAUAAUUGAAUAUUUCCCAAGUAUCUUCAUCUUUCAACCGGGGCGGGGGGGGGGGGGGGGGAGGGCGUGUCCCACACUAUGGUCAAAAUUAGGCUGAGCCACCUUAUGAUAAUGCAGGUUACUGGAACGAGCAGUGUGAACAUCAGACAUGACCUGCAUCAAUCAGAAUUGGCACACAUAUACAUCAAUUUAUGAUGCUGAUCAUCCUUCAAUAUGAAAGAACAUUAUUUUGAAUUACCCUUCCGACACUGACUCAGAAUUUCAGCCCAAAAUAUUAUUUGAUGGUUGGGACCUGAUAUAUGGGACAUCCUGAUAUGGCCAUAUUAAGGUUUUGACUAUUGCUAAUUAAAUAUUCAAAUUUAUGCAUGUGUACAGAUGUACACAAUGUGUAUCAAUCCAAUAAAAUAAAAUAAAAACACAUAAUGACAACAUCAUAAUAAUUAUACAAUUCCAAUUCAGUAAUGAAUGCAAGCCAAUUUUUAAUUAUUUAAAUUGCCAAAUAUAUGACUAUUAAAGCAUUUGUCCAUUAAUAUUUGUUUUAAUACAACAGCAAAAUGUGUCAAAUAAAUUCGAAUAUGGGUAGAAAACAGAGGAUGUUCAUUUGUUGUGAAAUUUUAAAAAACGAUUUUUGUCACAAUUGCAGGGCAGACAUAGAUUACAAUUAAUACAUUUGAACCUACUACGACCUUUACAUCCCUCUAUUUUGCGCUGCCAGCACUAGUCUACUUGGCUACAUGAUAGUAUUUUCUGAGUUUCAUUCAUAAUUUUUAAAAAACUUACUCAUGGGCAAAAGUUGAGAGUUCAAUAAAAGUAGUAGCAAUACCUAACCAGAAUAUUUUAACUGCGGUUUGCCUAUUAUAGCUCACUUUAUAGCCUUACAGAAUAGCAUUUCCCCCCUUACUGAUAAUGCAUAGUGGUUAUUUAUUAUUUAGUUAGGAAAGAAACAAUUUGUUUAUUAUUUACCACAGUAUAGUUAAGACAUUUUUUUUAAUAAAAAUGAAAAUUUUAGUGCAAGUUAUAAUAAAUCCUGGAGAAAAAAAAUUUGUUAAAAAUUCUAAUCAAAUUUUAAGUUAUAGCACAUGACUGACAAAAAGAGUUGAAUCGGAUCCUAAAUGCCAGCGUAAAAAAGGACAAAUGAACUCAUAUGUUGAAAUGCAUAGCUCAAAAACAACAAAACCAAGAAAGUUGAUUCUGGUUUCAUUGUUUUAUUUAAAGUUUGCUUUUUACAACUGUAAUAUUUUUAUAAUUUUUUUUUACUUUUAAUUUCUUUUUUACUCAGUAUUUACUCAUUGUAAUGCUUACAAUUAAUAAUUUUUUAAGUGUAACAACUGAUUCCUGGAUUACUAUCAGGGCUCCAUAAAAAUUGCAGUUUUAAGAUCUGUGCAUUGCCCAAAUGGUCUCUGGACAUGGUUUUAGGUCAACUCAGGAGUCAGAAAGGUCUGCAUUGGAUCUCCAUUGCUGUUCAUCGUUAUCCAAACUUUGUUGCAAGGAAGAAUUUCAGGGUGGUGUAAGGAAGGGGAAUUAUAAAACAGAGAGGAUAUUAGCUCUUAGAUGAUACUAAUGUUUUUAUAUUUUUCUUCACUAACAUUUUCCUUCAUUUAACUAGUCACAAGAAUAUUUUCUAAGUUUUACAGACCUCUUUGCAAUAGGAGAAAUAAAUUAGAAAUUCAUUAUUUUCAAAAUAUAAAUACAUGGACAAUGUCAUUGUUAAUUUUGGUGAAGGUGCGAGACUUGGUAAAACAAUUCAUAGGGUGUGCGAGUAGAAUCAAAUAGGGGGUGCAGAUUUUAUAAAAGGUUGGGAAACAUUGGUUUACUAGGAUAAGAUUACAAAGGAUACCAAUCUGAAUCUGGUGCUCAAAUAUAAGCAGAUGACCAAUGAAAAAUGAACAGCAACAAAGAAACUACAAAGCAAUGUUGAUAGCCUUAAAAGUGCCUGGGAAAUUUAUGGCAUAAAAAGCAUCAUGGAUGAGACUGAAUUCAUGUCAGUAGGUCGUACGCCAGAAAAAUUGGACAUAAAUAUCAGUGGUCAGCUGCUCUGACUAUGACAGGAGUUCAAAUAUCUGGGGAAACGUUUUUGCUGGGGACAGAAAAGUGAACAGAGUGAAAGAGACACAUGUGCAGAAGGCAAACGCAUUGAGGAAUCAAACAGGCUGGCUACAAAGAGACCCAAGACUAAACGGGGUGACCAAAGCAAGGUUAUUUAAAAUUCUGUCUUCAUUCCAUCCCUUACUUACCUGUGCCAGACCUGGGCUUUGAGUAAAACUCUAGAGAGUAAACUCUGCAAAUGAGAUAUUUAAGGCGAGCAGUCAGUAAAAGGAAGGGAGCACAUUCAUUAUUAAGAAAUAAGACUAAUGGUUGUUGCCAUGCCAUACAAAUCAGCCAUGCUUUGUCCCAAUAGACAAUUGGUUUAAGCAACUUGUCAGUAUUGCUGCAGCUGAACCUGCAUUUAAAGCCUAUUGGGUUUCAGGAACAAAGCAUGAACACGCUGUCGGUGGAUUGACUGUGUUAAAGACACUCAAAAUCAACAAGAAUCAGCAGCAGGCUUCAUACUUUGCAGAUCACUUAUGCCAUAUCCACAUGUCUCUUAGGUAGAAGCCAAGAGAGGAAGAAAAAUAUAUUUUUCUUUUGAAGUUAGGUAAUACAAUUAGAAAAAUUCAGCCUUACUCUUAGGUAAUACAAUUAGAAAAAUUCAACCUUACUCUUAGGUAAGAAAAUAACAUAUUUUCACACUCCAUUUCUUUAAUUUUUUCUUUCCAAGGACCAAUACUCUUUACACUGGCAACGAGCCCAAACAUAAAUAUAACCUAUUAAAUAUGACAGAAGUUCCAUCAGGAGUUGAGCUGGAAUGUGUCAGGUAAAUAGACUUUUUGCCCUUUGAAACUUACAUAUGUACCUGAUCAUUUGUGUAAUAACUAUUUAAAUAAUGGAAGCAAUGUUGUAAUUUGAAUUAAAGAAAAUUUAAAUAUACUUUAAUGCAAUGUUAAUUUUUAAAAAGCUUUGAAAGGUAAAUGAAUGACAUAAGACAUAAGUAUUGCCAUUACAAACCAGAUUCAAUUUUUUAUUUACCUAACAUCUAGUUGUUGUUUUUUGCUCAAACCAUUUUUUAAAUUUAAUUUAUAACAUUAUUGAUCGAUGCUUCACCAUAGCUUGAAACUAUUUUCACUAUUUAUGAUUAAAGUUUUCAGAUGAAACAAAGGAAGUUAAGGCAAGAAAAUGAUGGAGUAAAAUUAACACUUCAAAGAAAGAUGAAAUACAGCAAUCUUGAUGAGUGCAUGGUAAAGUUAUAGGUUUAACUAAUCACUUCUGAAAUAUUCUAGUUGAUUUUAUAAAUACACCACCUGCAGUUCAAAUCAUGCCUUGUUAGUAAAAAAUGAGUCAUGCAAGUACAAUAUUUUAAAGCUAGUGUUCACACUUUGUUGGAGUUUAGUGCGUUUUUAACCGUUUCAUGCAAAACACUUAGAGACAGCUCAUCGUUUGUGUUUAUAAAUGACUGACUUUGGACAAAAUUCUUACUCGUGUGACAAUCCUGACAUAUACUUUCUCCACAAGCCUAUUCAAAAUAGUUCAGUAAAUAUAUUCACAAGGCAAUCAAAUUCAAACUUGCAAACUAUGUUCAUGCAUAACAUUUUAAGUCCAGAUUCAAUCUGUCAAAUAAAAAAUUAUUUUUACUACCCCAGGGUAAGUCUGGUACAAAUAGAUUGCCAGUAGCGCACGAAUUUCAAGUUUCGAAGCCUGAAGUAAUUCUUACAGUGCAAGUGACUAAAUGUUUAAUAAUCGGUACUUCCUCAUGCAGGGUAAGAUAUCUGUUUAAGGUUUUUAAAUAUAAUGUUAUGGUUACUUAAAAAUGGUUGACUACUUUGAGUCACUGAUUUGAGACAGAAUUUAAAAUUGACACAUUUUAAAAUUAUUUCUUCUUACAAGGAAGUCAAAGGGUAGUAACAAUUUCAAAUGGUUAAUUUUUUGUGAUUAUAUUUGUAAUUAUCGCCCUUAAAUGAAAAAAUGCUAUAAAAAAAUUAUAAACACUACUGUAACCACAUACAAAAUUUUAUUUUACCGUAACUUUCUUAUGAAGGAAGAAAAACUUAAACAAAGGUUUUUAAAAGGCUAAAACAGAUUUGCCUUUAAUUACUCAGGGCUUUAUUGAGGGCUUUUGAUAUUGUACAGUUAAAUACCGGUAGUGAAAAAAAUUUUGAUUGCAGGCUGAACAUUUCAUAUAGCCAAUGUAUACACAUUUUUUCAAACUAAAAAAAGUAUUUUACUAAUAAUUUUAUUCAUAUUUUUGUCCACUAAUUGUUAAGCCUCCAGAUAUCUAUCAAAUUUUAAAAUUUAAAAGAACUCUCCAGGCCGAACUUUAUGUUAACUUAAUUUAAUAUCUUAAAUGUAAACCCAAAUCAGGUGAGGGAGAGAGAGACGUAUUUAGUGCUUGGAAGUCAGCAUUUGACAGAACUCAGAGACAAAAUCAAAUGUUCAUCUGACUGUGUUAUACCUGGCGACUACAGUUCCAUGCCUGAUGUGGAUCCUAAACUUUUGCAGAAAGCUGGGGUCUGUAUUUUACUUAAAGGCAUAGUUUAGUUCCUUAUUUAUUUUUUCUUAGACACCUUGUUAAAUGAAAAAUAAAUUAAAUAAUUAAUUAUUUCAUUAUUUCAUUUACUUAGACACCUUGUUAAAUGAGAAAUUAAACAAAGAGUUUUCUCUGUACAGUUGCUUUAAUUUAAAUAUUAAAUAGAAAUACUUAGGUUACAGCUCCUUUAUCAAAGCUGAAGAUAAUUGUUUUUCUUCUUUUAAUAGGACAUUUUUAAAUCAAGCUGUUUAUUCAUUGAAAAUACUUUUUACAAUGAUACAAGGCUGCCUGAUAACAAAGAUUACUCAAAGUAAAUACCUUGUGCUGUCUUGUGUAACAUGAUACUUACUGAUAAGAGCUACUUACUGACUCCUUUUCUUAAAGUGUAACUGUAGCAUUAGAGUUAUUGUUUAAGAUGCCAAGUUGUAGGAUCUAAAUUUAUAACAUUUCAUUUACUUAGACACUUUACUUAACAAAUUAUCUUAUCACCUAAUGCUGCUUAAUAUCUUGAUAGUUCUGACUACAUUUGAAUUUUGAAAUGCAUAAGAGAUAUUUUUUAUGGGCUGAAAAUAAUAAUCAAAAUAAAUGCUUCUUAAUCCAUGGAAACACUCCUCUUUCCCUAACAGACCUAUUAUAAAGUGGGCAGAGGAGCAUCUCCCAGGGGAAGUAAUGUCGACAGCCAAUAUGCAGGAUACAACCUUCUGUCAUUUGAAAAUUAGACUUGGUCAGAAUUAUUUGUUCUUACAUCAAGGAAACUGUGAACACGCUGUAGUCUUUACUGAUCUAAGGUGAGCUCAGUUAUUAAUAUAAAUUUACACUUUUGAAGUUAGGAUCUUACUUGCUUAUUUUUUAAAAUUUGUUCUACUUUUAAAAUUGACAUGGAGGGUUAUUUUUAAAAUAAAUUAAAUGAACUCAAUUUUUUUUUUUAAUAACUUUGUUGUCAUUUUGUCAAACUGUUGGCUUUAUUUAAAUUUUUUUUUUGGUUGAUAUAGAAUUAUUUCCUAAGAAAAAGAUGCAUAAAUAUUCACUCCCUCCUUACUAAUCUUUGAAGGGUAAUGACAUGCUGUUAAUACUAUUAAUGAUCUGUAGAAUUGACUGAAAAUAAUAUUUCUCUCAACUUUGACCAGGCUAUUUAGUGCUGAUGAUAAUCAGGACAGACGUGCUUAUCCCCUCUUGUCUAUCACUCGAACACACCAACGGGCUGUCUGCCAGAGCUGUUGUAAACUCUCUGCCAAGUGAGUGCCACUUCUAUUUAUUUGUGUUUUCAUCUGACAAAAUAUACAAAUUCUGAAUCAAUUUGACAAUAACUAACCAAAAUAUAUAUCUUUUUCAAAAGCCUAGUUAUACUGCAUUGUUUCCCAUAUAAGUUUGGUAUCUUACAUUUAAAAACAACAGUUUGCUGUUCUUGACCAAAAUUAAUUUGUACACUAAAGAAGUCAAAUAAAAUCAUUCUUGUUUUAUGUAAUGUAUACACUGGAUUAGUAUUAAAAACAAUGACCUUGUCUCAUAUACCAUUUUGAUAUACUAACAGUAGAGCUGUUUUUUUUUCCCCAGAUGGGUUGUACGAGAGUCUCCACUCAUCCCAACCGACCCAACAUUUCUGUGUCGCAUCUGUUUCAAGACCUUGAUGUACACAAAAGAUGGCAGAAAAAUAUCCAACUUCAAGGCUUUUCAUUUUUCUGAUACUUUUGUUUAGCACCAUUUCAUCCAUUCACCACUUCAUCCUUUCACCAUUUCACGAUUUCAUCUCUUCACCAUUUUGCCACUUUACCAUUUCAUCUCCUUACCAUUUCAUCACUUCCAGAAGUGCAUGAAGAACUUCACCUUUCUCUUGUGUUAAGUUUCAAUGAAUGCUUUAGAUUUCCUGAAAUAGAAAUAAAUACCAUAGCAGUUGAUCAAAUAUUCAUGUUGAAUGUAACAACUGCAUGGGAAUUUGACUAUUUCAUUUUGUUUAGUUAUCUUUCUAUCACAGGGAUUAAGUAACAUAACAUUCAAAACUACCUUAGUUAAUUGUUCAUGUACAUUUUCAUUACUGAAUUUUUCAAUGUAAAUACAUAUUAAAAUGUGCACGUUCAUAUAAAAUAAUGGAUAGAUGUUCUUAAUUUAUUAUAGUUGUUAGAAGUUUUACAGGCUAUGAAAUAUAUGUUGUGUUUAAUAUAUAUUUCAGUCAUCUUGAUAAAACUGAUUGUGAACGAGACUAAGUGUUUGUUAGACAUGUUUGUUAGACAGCAGUGUAUUUCUAGGGGGGGGGGGGUGAUAAGAUUUGUUAAACUAGUCUCAGUGUAACUAAUGCUUGAGUGGUGCGGGGGCCUUGUCUACCUUGUCUCCGGUGUCUCUUUCUUUGGUAAUAAUACCGAUACAUCAAAAGAGAACUACUUCAAAUAUUUCAAUAGCAAGCACUUAUUACAUCAGGGAAAUCCCAACCAGUGCCAGAAAUAAUAUUAGGUAUAAUAUUAUGUCUCAAAGAAGCUUCCCUUUAGAAUAUUGCGGAUUUCUAGAAAAAAGUUGUUGUUUGGUGGGAAGGGGGUGAGAGUAGGCCAUUUCUAUAUUUUAUUCUUUGAACCAUGCAGCAGGUUGACAAUCCAACCUGAUAUAUUCAAGAGAUGUAUACAUUUGGAAAAAUAAUAAGUUGUUUUACACAUUUAAACUGAAACUGUUUCUCCUUACAAUAAGUGGGUAAGUUCUCAGAUAACUCUAGGUACCAGUUUACCAGAUACCCUGUUGGAAAUCUCAUCCAAAUUGUUUUACUAUUUGAAGAGUAAAUUUUAAGAAAACGUUGCCUCCUUUGGGUACAACAUUACCGGUAUUCAUUAAAUCUUGGCUGUCGCAUGGAUUUUUAUUUAGUACGAUCAAGUCAUUUUAUUUAACGUGAUUUGAAUACGUUGAGUGCCAAGUCCAGUUGUUUUAAAUGUUUGAAUUUCUAUUCCCAG